AUGGCCAACGAAACGAUGUCUUGCCCGCCGCCUUUCCUCCUGGAUAGUCUCUACGGAGAUGGUGGCUACUGGGCGUAUCCGGAUAGCUUCCAGACCAUGACCGAAGGGGCGAACUGGGUGGCUGUAGCGAGCACCGUCUGCUGCGUUUUCCUCCUUCUCUCGUGGGCUGUGCUGCCGGUCGAGAAGACAUAUAGGCAUUAUCUGAGCAUCUGUCUCACCGCGGGAGUCAUGUUCAUGAAUCUUGGUUUCGUUCUCCCGCUCGCCGGCAACCCGGAGCAAUGCUUUGACGACAUCACGCCGAACUCGAUGAGGACGGGUUCGUUGUGUGCGGCUUCGGGCUUCUUCCUCAUCAUGGGUGGCUGGGCCGGUGUGAUGUGGAUCUUCUUGCGCGCAUUGUCCCUCCACCUCCAGAUCUGCUGGCAACUGGUUGUUGGGCGGAACUUCAUGUGGUUCGCUCAAGCUGUUGGCUGGGGAAUCCCGGUCAUCGGAGUUGUCAUCGCCUUCAUCCUCAGCGGUGUGUCGUUCCGCUUUGGGCCUACAUGCCACAUCAACCACAAGAACAGCUUGGCCGAUCUCUGGAUCCCAUUGCUAGUCUUCGCUGGCUUGACUAUCAUUAUCCAGUUCGCGACCUUUGGCUACUGCAUCAAGGUCUACCUCGCCUCGCUCGCCGACAACAGCGCCUCGACCGAGGGUUCCGGCAUGCCCUCAUACACGAACAGCAUCCGAACCAUGACUCCGAAGCAGGCCUACCGCCGUGUGCGGCGCGUCAUUGCUCUCCAGUGGAGAGGUAUCGCUAUUGUGCUCAUCAUCGUCGCCGACGUCAUCUUCUUUUCCAUCAUCUUUGUCUUCCAGGACAACACGGUGGAGGCCGUGAAGCACGAUCCCUCCAUCGCACUCCCCUGGAUUAUCUGUCUGGCGAGCAACGGGGGCGACAAGACAUUGUGCUUGGACGAAGCGAGCGGACUCGUCGUGAACAUGGCGACGAUUGGCGCCGUUCUGUUCCUCCUAGCGAUCAACGGCAUCUGGCUUCUCCUCCUCCUCGGCCGCUGGUCUAUGGUCACUGGCUGGCGUGACCUGUUCACAGCGGUCCCUCAACGGAGCAAGAGAGAGUUCGUCUCAGUCGAUGCGCGGCUGGACGAUCUCAAAAAAGAUACACGUUCGUACGAGAUGCUGUCCCGGGACACCGGGAAGACCAUGGACGAUUCAGUAACACCCUCCGUAGUGACCCCCAUCUCCCCGACACACGCGAGGUCGCCGACGGGGAGCCCGAUAAACCAUGAUUAUAUGCAAAUGCCCAAUCCCGACGGACGCCGGACUCCUGACUAUUUUGGAAAUACCGCUCGGUAUCACACUCCUGCGCGGUCGUUCUCGAGCCCGCGCCCACCCCAACAGACAGUAACGUGGGAUGCCCGGGAAACCUACGCGAGGCCGACAUCGCCGCCGUUCACACAGCAGCAGAAGGAUCGAUACGUCAACCCGCUGGGCAUGAAUAGGAUAUGA